AUGGCCCCGAAUCGUGGCCUUGGGAGCAAGGAUAUCUACAUCCACGAAAUCGAUCGCACUCCAGAAUAUGUAGAGUUCAUCCAGAAGCUCACGGCUUUCCAUGAGAAACGUGGCACAUCGUUCGAACCUGAACCCCGACUUCCUACCAUGCACGGUCAUGUAAAUGUCGACCUAUUGAAGCUAUAUAAGGCCGUCAUCUCUAAGGGAGGCUAUGACGAACUCAACAAAGUUCAGAAGUCUUGGGGUGGCCUUGCUGCUGAAUUGGGCAUGCAUCAUACAGAUAGCAAAGGCACCGGUCAGCUCUCUUUUCAACUAAAACAAGAUUUCUAUCGUUACCUCGCUGCAUAUUGGAUUUAUGACCAGCACGGUAGGGAACCCCCGCCCAAGGAGAUUUUAGAACAACAGUCGUGUGCUAGCAAGUUUGGUCCUGUCCUAACUCGUACUAUCGAGAAUUUCAAGCAUUCUUCGAGCCGUUCCGGGAUGGAAACUCCCAGUCGCGAAGAGCGCCAGAGCGAAAGCACUCCAGUUUCGGGAAAUAGGGCUUCUGGUCGCCUACGUGAAGCUCCUCCCCAGCGAGUUCCUUUUCAACCUGAGACAGGACCGACCCGCCAGUCUAGACAAACAUCCUCGCACCACGGCACCCCAACAGCCACCAAUGCUGGUGCCAUUAACACUGGCCAUGCUCAUGUCCAGCAUCCUAAUCACCAUCUCCCCCAGCAUCACAAUCCCAACAACCCUCUUCACGUAAUACAGGCUCAGCAGGCCGCCGUUCGUGGUGCCUCGAGUACAUUUACCCCUACAAAUCCCGAGAUUGCCUCCCGCCUGGUAGAUUUGUUCGAGCCGCGUCCUCCGAUAUCUGUUCCUCUUCGUCCCGUGAGCACCCCAGGAAACAAUCCAGAGUUUGCCAAGCGACAGCGUCAGCUGCGGGCAGCUGUUGGUGCCCCUGAUACUCAACUACCUGUUCGCCCAGCUAUUCCAGGUAUCGGUUUCGAGGGCCCCAACAUCUACAUGCGCUGCCUUCAAGCCCUUCGUUCAGGUAUCCCUACUGAGCAAUCAUUUGCACUUAACCACCUCGUCAAGAUCUCAUUUGAACGCGGUGAUAAGUACAAAUUCGAGUCAUUUCUUGGCUUGGCCGAGGGUCUUAUCGAGAAGGCCCUCGAAGUCGGUAGUUUAUUUUACCAUAUUGAAUGGCAGGUUGCCUACUUCAACGACUCGGAGAAUUCGGAUGUAACGAUUCUUGAUGGGCUUAACGGUACAAGUGAUAUUCUUGAGCGGAUUGCGAGACUCUCACCGAAACCGAUUCUCGAUUAUAUGCAGUCCGCCGAGUUUAGCGACAGCCUUCUUCGGAUUACCGAAGCCGUUCUUACUAUUCGUAAUAUGGUCAUGCUGGUAGAAAAUGCUAUUUACAUGGCGGAUGUGUAUCCCCUAAAAGAUUUGCUCUGUAUUCUUCUACAUCUUCCAAAUCUAGAGAUGCUCGUUGAGAUUAAGCAUUUCGCACUGGACAUCGCUGAACAGCUUACACCCUGGCUCAUACUUGAUUCCGAAGAUCCGUUGUACCGAACGCUGUUGGCACAAUUAGACUCGACGGACCGAGGCACGAUUUUGACAUCUCUCCGCGCCAUCAGCCGGAUAUCGAUGAACUUAGAAGCUACGAAUAAGAUGCAGAAUGUCCCCUCCGUGGUCCUACAGAACAUUAUGAACUGGCUGCUGCUCAACGAUGAGGAACUUAUGGAUGCAUGCCUGGACUUCCUUUAUCAGUAUACAGCAGUGGUAGUUAAUGUUGAGUCCCUACUCAAGGCUGUGAACAUGGAGCACGUUGUACCUCAUCUGGUCAGGCUCCUAGCUCAUGGAGCGAAACGAGUUAAAGAGGACAGAGUUCUUGAACCAGAACGAAAAGCGCCGGCUUCCGAAGAAGUAGCUACGCUACCUCCGGAUCUCCAGGAACGGCUAACGAACACAGACGAGCCUCAGAGAUGCUAUAAUUGGCUUCAAAGUCUAUUUGAGGAGGACAGCGAAUCUCAUAUCACGCAGAUCGCUAUAUGGCAAGCCUACCAGAACUCGUUUAGGGCGCUUGCGAGCAGCUCGAGGAAUAUGCUUAGUGCGGCUGAUUUUAUUAGGAAUGUUAGCCAUGUGUUUGUUAAUGCUCGAGCACAGAUUAUUAGGCGGCAGCGAGCCGAUCAAUCGGAUCUUUUUAUAAUCGAAGGUAUCCGAGCACGAACGUUACCUAUUAAUCCCGAGACAAAGGAGGAAUACUGUCCAUGUCGGUGGAUGAUAGCCAAGGGCCCGUACCUCAAGAAGUGCAACCAGUUCUUCCUUGGUGGGGAGACGAUGUGGCAUCACGUCUUGACUACCCAUCUAGGCGUUGUUAUCAGUGAAGGGAGUAAGAUUGAGGAUAAAGAGAUCAAUGCAUCUUGCGACUGGGAGGACUGCAAGAAGUAUCAGAAACCUACUCAAAUUAAACUAUCAGGACUUGCACGUCAUCUCAAGACUCAUUUCCCUUCGGUGCAGAAGCGUUCAUUCGCUGAAGGUCCAGAGUCAGUUGCAAAACGGCAACGCAAGGCAUAUAUCACCCCGGCGAAGACCAUGAGCCUUGCCUGGGAACAGACUAUUGUCACUAGGGAUGAGCGGAACCCUAAGGUGGAGCAGGCCGCUGGUAUCCCGCUUAGUGCUGUGUUAGUACUGCGCAACAUUGCCCGCAACGUAGUCAAGACAGAGUCGGAGGAGCAGCUGCUCAAAAAGCACGAGAUGGGCGGUGAAGGCGGUGGUUGGAAUGAGAAGCUCUUCCGCCCUGUCAUGGCUCGCUUGUUCGAGGUUAUGACGGAAAAUAAGGCUUUGGCCGAUUAUAUUACAUCGCUUUUACAGUUAGUACAGGACGACUAG